GGAGUAGGUAUUUUACCAAAUGUUUAGUGUGCCCAAGGGAGGGAGUUAAAUUUUACACAAUCCCUGAGCUGGCGAAGUCCGAGCCUGCCCCACAGAAGGAUUCUUAGAAGCUGCCAUCAACAAACAGAAGGACAAGGAGCGCAAACGCUACUGAAAGGAGAGCUUCUAGCAAGUGUACAACGUGCUGAAGCAGAAAGAGAUCUGAAGAUGCCUGAGCCAGCCAAGUCCGCUCCCGCCCCGAAGAAGGGCUCCAAGAAGGCUGUCACCAAGGCCCAGAAGAAGGACGGCAAGAAGCGCAAGCGCAGCCGCAAGGAGAGCUACUCGGUGUACGUGUACAAGGUGCUGAAGCAAGUGCACCCCGACACCGGCAUCUCCUCCAAGGCCAUGGGCAUCAUGAACUCGUUCGUGAACGACAUCUUCGAGCGCAUCGCGGGCGAGGCGUCCCGCCUGGCGCAUUACAACAAGCGCUCGACCAUCACAUCCCGGGAGAUCCAGACGGCCGUGCGCCUGCUGCUGCCCGGGGAGCUGGCCAAGCACGCGGUGUCGGAGGGCACCAAGGCUGUCACCAAGUACACCAGCUCCAAGUGAGUUCAUUUAACUCACACUCCUAAACCAAAGGCUCUUUUCAGAGCCACCCAACAGUUCAAAAUUGAGCUAUGCGCUUGUUCUUAGUACCCGCAGUACCACCUUUAUAUGGUUCUUUAUUUACUGGGACAAAGUUCCUCUAGUCUAUUCAGGCUCGUCAAAUCAAGUAUUUAAGAUAAAACUGCCAAAUUGGCUACUUCUGCAGUGAAGAGAGGCUACAUUUCUGUUCUGAAUAAAGAACCCCGAACGUUUCACACUGGCAUCUCCGAGCGUCCAGAUCCGUGGCGCACACAUCCGGUCUUUUGUUCUAAGUCUUUCUGGGGAAUUAACAUUGGCACGGGAAGGCGAGGUGGGACCGUGGGUUUACUGCCUGGUUUAGCUAAGCUACACAAAACUUAAUUUAGCAGCGUCUCCUAAUUUGGAUCAAAACGCAGUGUUGUCCGCUCGGUGCUUGUUAAACUGGUUUUCAGUGACGUUCAGGUCGCCAUUUUAUGCGGCGCCGCCCUGAAUGGAGAGAGUUCUGUUCAGCUCCCUGAAAGCGAAAGUCUCAGCACGAAGGGCCAGCUCGCGAGUCUACCCUCCUAAUUCUUAAAAAGUUCCUCACUUCCAAAGACCUAGAGCUUUUGGAUUUUUAGGCUUUUGCAUAUGAACUAAGUUGUAGGAGAAGCAACAAGAUCUCCAUUUUAAAAAAACGUUUGCUUUGUUUACUUUUUAAUUACAGGAAAAGAUGAAGUGGUUUGUAAAGCCUGCAAACAUUUAAUUUCCUUCCCUUUCCUGAACUGCUGGGUAGUUUUUUUAACACCAAGAAAAUUCCCAAAACCCUCUCCUGACUCGUUUUUGUAAAGAGACCUGGAAAAAAAAAAAUCAGUUCCUAGAAUUUAGCCACAUCACUUUCUUUGCAAUUAAGGCUGUGGAAUGUUAGAUGUGGCUCUGGGCACUCCCAUCUCUUUAAUCUGCCAGGCUCUGGAGUUUACAGCUUCUGAGUUUGAGCUCUUGGUCCAGCAGGGAGGGACCCUGACUCAAUCUUGUGAGAGAGAAAAAGUAGGAAGUAGAAGUAUCAGGAAGUGCUGGGUGUUGGAAGUAUCACAGGUAUUGGGGAUGGAACUAAAGGCCCAGUUCCAGAGCUAGUCUUGCCUCCAUCCAGCCUCUACCAUGGCUCCCUUCUGAAGCUGGGUAAAGUGCCUUUAUGCAACAUCCUUCCUAAGCUUUCAAAAUAAAUACAAAGAAACUAUCCACUUUAAAGUAACAAAAUUGCAACUGUACUCCAAGAGGCUACUCACUGUGUAAAGUGUUUUGCCACCAAAAAUGAACACCUGAGUAUGUCCCCUAGCACCUACAAAAUAGGUCCUCUGACCUACAGACAUCCCAGAGCAAAUAGAACACACACACACAAUGUGGGUUUUUUUUAACGGUUUUUUUUUUUUUAAUUACAAGUCAACUUUACUCACAGUUACUUUAGAAACAAUACUGAAACUUCCUUGUGAAGAGUUAAACCUUCAUGGUAAUAUUUUGUUUCCCUUUGUUUUGUUUAGCUGUUUUCUUUGUAACAAGAUUUCAGUCUGUAGCCCUGGCUACCCUGUAAUUCAACUAUGAAACCCAAACUAAAACUCUCUGCUUCACCCUUCUAAAUAUGCAAUUAUAGGUGUAGAUCUCUACAACUUGUAGUGUUCCUCCUUUCUUGUUUGUGAUUUGUUGGUUUGUUUGUUUCUUGGGACAAAGUAUGAAACUCACUAAACCAAGCUGGCCUCAUAGACUUCAGCCUGACUGUCUGCUGUGCACUGGCAUGUGUACCUCCAAGCCUGCUGCUGUACUGUUCAUUAUUAAAGCAUUCCUGAUUGAACCUGCUGUGCACUGAAAUGUGUACUCCCAUGCCUGCUGUUGUGUUCCUUAUUAAAGCAUUCCUGAUUGA